AAUUUAAAAUCGAGACGUGAAUUUGACAGUCUUUCCUAGCAAAUUUAUAGUUUGCCAUCGUAAAAUCGAUAGUUAUUGAAAUAAGAAAUAAAAAAAUGGUAGUGUUAUCUUCUUUUCUACACCCAGACUCCCCGAUUCGGUUCGAGCAGCGGAACACUAGGGCCGUUUUAGAUAAAAAAGAUCUUGGUCUUGGGACACUAUUCAUCAGUGAGAGAACUGUAAGUUGGAAAGAACAGGGUGACGUCGAAUCAGGUUUUUCACUUUCCUAUCAUCAUAUAAGUUUGCACGCCACUUCAUCUGAUCCAAAUCUUUACCCACGAGAGUGUAUUUACAUUAUGAUUGAUACCCAUGUUGUUAUGCCCGGUACUCAAAAUGAGAAUAUGGUGGAGGAUAGCGAUAGUGAUGCUGAAUCAGAGUCAGAUUUUUCGGAGUUAAUUUUAGUUCCUGGUGAUCCCAGUGCUUUAACACCCAUGUAUGAAGCUUUAAAAGAAUGUCAGUCUUUAAAUCCUGAUCCUGAUGAUGUUGCGAGUGAUGAUGAAGUUUAUGAAGAUGCUGAUGAAGAUUUUAGAGAAAACGACGUGGUUUCUAAUGAUUUGGGAGAUAUAGGUGGAGGUGGUGAUACAGCUUUAUACACAGCUCAUCAAAGAUUGGCUAGAGAUGGAAUAUCUUUGAAUCAACUUCUUCAAAUACAUAAUGUCGACGCGAACAAUUGGCACUUUUUCCUACAAAGUCUAAAUUUGUUGGAAGAUUAAUUAUUAUUGUGGCUGUCAUGACAAAUUAUUAUUUCUUUGGAACACACUGUUGUGCAUUGUAAUCAGUUUUGUGAUGUGAUACUAAAUGAAAUUUGAUACAUUUUUGUAA